UGCGAUGGACCCAAAAGCUUAAACCCCACACAACGGCGCAUGCCGCUCGGCAAACCUCCUUCGUCGUCGUCCUCGUUGGAACAAGAGAGAAGUUACCUCCAAUCCCGCGGCGGUGGCGAACCCCGUAAAAUAUUCUCCUACUUUCCCUUGCCUCCCCUCCCUCCCCGCCGCACGCCGGCACGCGCGAUCCUCUCCUCCGGCCGAACCGCCGCCUCGUCUUCCGACAGUGUUGUGCUGCCGCGGACCCUAACCCUAGCGCUGGUGGCGUCCUUCGCCGGCGACCAUGUCGACGGACUCCGACACCUCCUCGCGAAAUGGCGCCGACAGGAGGAGCUUCCGUGAGAUCACCCGGGACCGUCUAUUAAUUGAAAUGCUAAGAUCAGCUAAGAAUAACUCAAGAUCAACAUGGAAGGUUCUUAUCAUGGACAAACUUACAGUCAAGAUAAUGUCAUUUUCAUGCAAGAUGGCUGAUAUCACGGAACAAGGGGUUUCAUUGGUUGAGGACCUAUACAAACGGAGGCAACCGUUGCCAUCAAUGGAUGCAAUUUAUUUCAUGCAACCAACCAAAGAAAAUGUUCGCAUUUUUAUGUCGGACAUGUCAGGGAAACAUCCAUUGUACAAGAAAGCCUAUGUAUUUUUCAGUUCUCCCGUGCAGAAAGAAUUAGUGUCUCAAAUAAGAAAAGAUUCAAGUCUUAUAACACGUGUUGGUGCACUUAGUGAGAUGAAUUUGGAAUACUUUGCUAUUGAUAGCCAGGGCUUCAUAACCGACCAUGACAAGGCUAUAGAAGAGCUGUUCACUGAAAAUGCAGAAGGUUCAAUGAAGUACAAUUCAUGCAUUAACAUGAUGGGCACUCGAAUUGCUACCGUAUUUGCGUCAAUGAGGGAGUUUCCUCGUGUUCACUAUCGUGUUGCUAGGACAAUUGAUGCUUCUACUUUGACAACUCUACGAGAUUUAGUCCCCACAAAGCUUGCGGCCUCUGUGUGGAAUUGCUUGGCGAGAUAUAAAUCAACCAUACCUGAAUUCCCUCAGACAGAGACAUGUGAAUUACUUAUUGCAGACCGCUCGAUGGAUCAGAUUGCACCUAUCAUUCACGAAUGGACUUAUGAUGCAAUGUGUCAUGAUCUGCUGUGCAUGGAUGGUAACAAAUAUGUACAAGAGGUGCCAAGUAAGACCGGUUCAGGUACUGAGAAAAAGGAGGUGUUGUUGGAAGAUCAUGAUCCGAUAUGGCUUGAGCUUCGGCAUUUACAUAUAGCGGAUGCUAAUUUAAGAUUGCAUGAGAAGAUGACCAAUUUUAUAUCAAAAAACAAAGCAGCACAACUAUACAAAGCAAAGUUUGGUCAACAAACAAGAACUGGCGGAGAGUUAUCAACAAAAGAACUACAAAAAAUGGUCCAAGCUCUUCCACAGUACAGUGAUCAAAUUGACAAGCUUUCUCUCCAUGUUGAGAUUGCAGACAAGCUCAGUGACAUGAUCAAACAACAGCAUUUGAAAGAUGUCGGGCAGCUCGAGCAAGACCUUGUGUUUGGUGAAGCUGGGACAAAAGAACUAAUCAAUUUCUUUAGGACACGUCUGGAUACAAGUCGUGAAAACAAGCUGCGUUUGCUAAUGAUUUAUGCUGCAAUUAACCCAGAGAAGAUACAAGGUGACAAGGGAGCAAAGCUGAUGCAGCUGGCUGGAUUAUCAGCGGAUGACAUGAUUGCAGUGAAUAAUAUGCAUUGCCUAUGUGCGCAUGAUACUAAAAAGUCUUCAACUGGUGGCUUUACUAUGAAAUUUGAUUUACAUAAGAAAAAGCGUGGUAUCAGAAAAGAACGAGUAGGGGAAGAAUCAACAUGGUUGCUGUCCCGGUUUUAUCCCAUCCUUGAGGAGUUGAUCGAGAAACUUAGUAAAGGCGAGCUUCCAAAAGAUGAGUAUCACUGUAUGAGUGACCCUAGUUCUAGUUUCCGUGGAAUCCCAAGCAGCAUGUCGGCCCGAGCAAGUCCAGCUCAUCCGCCAGCUCAAUCCAUGAGAUCUAGAUGGACAGGUGGCACAUGGGCGAGGCCUCGAAAUUCCGAUGAUGGCUAUUCAAGUGACUCUGUACUGAAGCAUGCAUCAAGCGAUAUGAGAAAGUUGGGUCGGCGCUUGUUUAUCUUUGUAGUUGGGGGUGCUACUCGGUCUGAGUUACGCGCUGCUCACAAGCUGUCUUCCAAACUGAAUAGAGAAAUUAUCCUUGGCUCUUCUAGUCUUGAUGAUCCACCCCAAUUCAUCACGAAACUAAAGAUGCUAUCUACUGAGGAGUUGACACUGGACGAUCUGCAUAUAUAACAACUGGAAUGGAGCAUCCACUGUAAUUAUCUACUGAUUUCUCAGUGCUCUAGAUUUACUUGUUGAACAUCAUACAAACCACAGGCUAGAGGAGCAUGCUGUUUACUUGGUAGGGCAGCCCUCCAUUAACUCAUAAUCCAGUGUACAUCUGUGUUGCUAGCAGCUUUAGGGUGUGUGGUACAUUUAUUGGAUCUGUAAAUGAGUUGAGAUGUUCAGUAUUCUUUUCUGGGGGAAAAGAUAUGUGAUAUUCAUGAUUGAAGUUUGGCGGCUGGCACUGAGAAUGUUACGAGGGGAAUCUUCUUCUUUUUUCAAUCCUGAGUUUGUUCUUUA